UUCUUCACACGCACUCACUUUACUGAACUCACUCUAUCAACACACCUCACCUCUUCUGCAUUUUAUUUUUACAGAGUUAACUUUAAGCAUGUUCUAACAGUCUCAACCUUUGUCACGAGAAUUCAGGGGCCUCAUCCAAAUAAAUGAAUUGUGUUUUUUAGUUUGUAUUCUUUUACAUUUACUGCAAUCACAUUAUGUAUUAUGUACAGAGACAUUAGCAGUAUAUCCUUCAAGUUCUGUCAUCUAAAGAUGGAUGACGCGUCUCCUCUUCCUCCCACCAUCCAGAAAUGAAGCCAAAAUAUCCCAGAUACACAUUUUGCCAUCUUGUGCAUCUAACAAGGUAACAGAGUCGAGGUUAAGCAGUCAAUCAAAACAGCAUCAACUCAUUUUUAUAUCAAAUAAAGAUUAAAAAACAAACUUAUCAGAAAAAUUUGCACUUGAACCAAACAUCAGUGACGAGAACUACCUGAAAUGACAGAAUACAGUUAGUUAACGUCUGGUUUGAAUUUUUAGUUUGGUCCAUGUUUCGUUAACUAACAUGGAAGAAGCAGUGUUUAUGAGCCAUACUGCAGCCAGCCUCUAGGUGGCGAUUAAACUUCACCUUUGAGGAGUGUCAUGUCGUCCAUCUUUAUUUAUCAGUACCCUAAACAUGCCUGGUUUACUACAUCAGAUCCAUGAUUUAUUUUCGGAGAAAUCUAAGACAAUGUUGAAUGAAUUGCAAAAGCUGUUACUGGAUCCGAUGGGUUCUUCCCUGAUGUACGCCCCUCCAUCAUGUUUUGUAUUAAUCUAUCUUCUAGUUUUUGUUUUAUUCUACUCACAAGUAAACAAACCAAACAACCAACCGACAGACAGGGAUGAAAACAUAACUUCCUUAGCAGAUGUAGCUAGGACCAGGAUUAGCCUGAGCUCUCCCACAGCUGUGUGGCCACACAGUGUUUUCUGUUUCCUGUUUUAUUUUGUAGGCCCUGCUCCUCGUGUGUUCUUUACUUCCUGUCUCUGUGAUUGUCUGCACCAGUCCUAUUGUGUUACACCUGUGUUCAAUUGCCACUCCCUUCCCUGUGUGUGUUUAUAAGCCUCUGUGCUUCCAUUUGUCCUUGUCAAGUGUUGUGUAAGCGUGGUUAUGUCCUGUCCUGCUCUCCUGACUGCCCUUUUUAAAAAUCCUGUGUCUCCUGAGCCUCUGCACUUCUGCAUCCCCUGUGUAAGCCUCCUGUCUUUUCUUCCGUGUGUUUGUGUUUCUUCAUUUUUACCUUUUUGAGAUUCAUGAGUUUAUUUGUUCUGUUAAAGACCUUUUUCUAUUAAAAAUACAAUUUUUGUUAAACUCUGCAUCCUUGUCCAUCUGCUUCACCAAUUUCCUGAAACAUCUAUUGUCAUGUUUUGUCUCAUGUGGUAGACACUCUGAGUGUUCGGCCCCAGCCCACAGAAUUUACAUUUCCCCAUUACUGAUUUGACUGAACAACUUAAAACACGGAAGCCUUUCUGCGAGGCAGUAGGGCACACUUCCUCAAAAGGCACAUUUCACAGAAUGCAUCCCAUCGUUCUUCUCUUUGUCAUUUCUCUGCUUCACGCAUAUGAAGCCCGAGGCUCCGACACUGGGACUCCUGUAUUUGUGCAGAAGGGGAAGGAUCUGCUUCUACACGUCACGGCUCCUGUUAAAUUAGUUGAACGGGAUAUAUUUGCAUGGAAAUUUAAAGAUUCAAACAUAUUUAGAUUAUUUGAUGAUAACAAAGCAAUAAUAACUGACCCCUAUGUUGGAAGGGUUGAGAUUUUUCGCCAAAAUCACUCUUUGCUUUUGAAGAAUGUGCAACAAAACGACAGUGGAAGUUACAUUGCAGUUGUUUUCGGGAAAAAUAACAAUGAUGUGGGUAAAUACAGCGUCACAGUUCAAGAUCCAGUGUCUCUGGUUACUGGGACAGUGGACUUACUCUCCUCCAGCUCCGACUCCUGUAACCUCACAGUGACCUGCAGCACACAGGACUCCCAUCACAUCAUCAGCACUUUUAGAUGUGACAACACAACCUGCAGCCAGGAGGAGGGAGGAGAGAGGUCAAAGGUCACGACCUCUGGCUCCUCCCUCCGUGUCUACCUGUCCAAAAACUUCUCAGUUAUCUGUAACCAUAGCAACCAGGUCAGCUCGGAUGAGCACACAACAAUGAUCAGAGACUUUUGUUUCAAACAUCCUGGCCAUGAACCACCGAGCAAUAGAAAUAUCGCUAUUGGCACUGUCACUGUCAUUGUGGUUUUGGUGAUAGCUGCCAUAGCAGCAGCUUUUGUUCGACAUCGAAAAAAAGGAAAACAUGAAACGGAGGAAAUGAAAAACACAGUGUAUGAAACUGUUCAGAUCCAAAGCCUGAACCCACGUGUGGAUCAGAAUCCAACCGAUGAUGCUGCAGCUCCUUCUCCGUCCUCCAUCUACAGCCUGAUCGAAGCUGGGUCCAUUAAACCCACUGAGGCCGGAGACACGACUCAGCCUGAGAGCCUGUAUGCUCAGGUGGAGAAGACGGCCCUGACCUGAAGAAAAUCUGAAAUUGUCUUCCACAUUCUGCCUUUUGCACAAUAUCCAGUAUUAUUGUUGCCCUGAGUCAUGUUAUAGUUUCACUGGGAAGAUUUGGGGAUUUUUACAUCCAGGACCAGAAACUUUCAAACUGUUAUUGUGAUAUAUUUCAUAUGUUAUUGAAAAAGCUACCUGAUGAAUGUUUGACAUUUAGGAUGAAUGCUGUUGUAAAUAUAGUAUUUAUCGUACAGAUAUGUUCUUAUUCUUUCUACCUGGUUACACUCAUUUAUGUGUUGCAGCUUAAGCAACUUUUCAAUGUGAUAAAUGACUGAAUAGAGAUAUUUCUUAAAUGAUAACGUUUUUAAUGGUUCUUUAUCUUGUUCCCUUAAGUUUAUCUCAAUUGAGUGUUGUUAUUAGAUUUUUUAUUUUUAUACAAGAAGAUUUUAUUUGUUAUUCGAUUUUACAUUGUGUGAAUUUGACCAAAUAUCCAUGAAAAACUAAAGUGAUUUUGGCUGCUACAUUGUUGUUGAUGGAUUUCCAGUAUUGGUGCGCGUACUAUAAAGUGUUUACUUCACCCAAGUGUUUUAGAAAUAUAUAUUGGGAAUUCUAAAUGUUUUAGUUAAAUCAAUAUCCGGAAAUUUAUAAAUAUACAUAUAUGCUUCCUUUAAAAAAAUUCUAAUGUGAUGAGGAGGAAUGUUUAACAGACCAAAAAAACAUUUGAACACAGUUAAUAUCUAUCUGUCUAUCCAUCCAUCUAUCUAUCAAUCUAUUUGAGAGGCGGUGGUCUAGUGGCUGAAACUUGGACUAUGGGCAGAAAAGGUCCCUGGUUCGUCUCUGGAUUGAUCUAUCCAAAAAUCCAAGAGGAUUCUCCCUACUCUGUCUAGUGCCCCUGAGCAAGGCACCUUACUCCCCCAACAUCUGCUCCCCGUGCGCCGUACAUGGCUGCUCACUGCUCUGUGUGUCCUGCACCAGAUGGGUCAAAAGCAGAGGCUAAAUUUCCUAAAACUGCAUGAGUGUGCUUGUGCAUGUCUCUGCAUGUGUUUGGGACUAAUACAUGUAUCUAAAUCUUAAUUUAUCUAUCUAUCUAUCUAUCUAUCUAUCUAUCAGGAUUGUGUAUAUGGAAAUAUGAAAAUGCAUAUAUCCUAUUCUGAACCCCAGGCUGAACACAUCAAAACUUCCCCUCCCACUGCCGCCCCCCCAACUCCACUCCUCUCUCCUCGGCCCCUGAUGUCGACACAUUAUUUCCAGAUGCUCAUGUUCUCGCUGCUCCCCCCAUGUUUCAGGAAGCGGCCGUGCACAGCUCUCUCUACUUCCAUUUCUCUCCUGUGGAGGAGCAGGUGUUUUGUCUCCGUGGUCUGUCCCAGCCCGCUGCUCCUCUCUUGUCUCAGUGUUUCAUUUCAUGUGAUGGUUUGUUUCUAGUGAUUGUUGUUUCAUUUAGCUUCUUGUUGAAUUAUGCAUUUAUUAAGUUUAAUAAAAGUUGUGUCUUUUCUACAA